CUUGGUACAGCGUAGGCCUCAAUGAUCCCCACAGGUAGCGUAAUAUUGGUGCAACAAAAUGGUAUAGGCUAGGCUACUAAAUACCGACCCGUGACCUUAUCUUUCUGGAAAUGCCGGUGGAGCUUGCUCAUGCUCGGCAUGCUUCGAUGCGCUAAAUAGUACAAAACCUGGCUGACUUGAUCGUGCUAGGUGUUUCCACCUCUAAACAGCGAGGGUGUCUGACUGAAACCAGCGGCAGCCGGCAUAGCUGACAGAGAGGCACCAGAUACACAGGCAGCACCAUGAGUAUGAGCAGGUGUCUUAUUGCCCGGGCGGAGGUGCAGACCUUCAUUGAGAGGUGCAUGCUGAGCGUGGGCACCAAACCCAGUCAUGCCCGCAGCCUGGCAGAGGUGCUGGUGGAGGGAGACAGGAGAGGGCACUACAGCCACGGCCUUAACCGGAUGGAUGUGUACGUUAAAGACAUCAGAACGGGCAUCUGUGCUAAGGAAGGCGAGCCAGUGGUCGAAAGGGAGACUGUUGCCACUGGUCUGGUGGAGGGGAACAACCUGCUGGGUCCGGUGGUGGGAAACUUCUGCAUGAACCUGGCCCUCAGGAAGGCUCGAGACGUGGGCAUCGGCUGGGUGGUCGCACGUGGCUCCAAUCAUUAUGGCAUUGCUGCUUAUUACGCCAUGCAAGCCCUGAAAGAGAACAUGAUCGGCAUGUCCUAUACAAACACCUCUCCCCUGGUGGUCCCUACCAGAGCUAAAGAGUGUACUCUCGGGACCAACCCCAUCAGUGUAGCGGCUCCAGCUGCUAAUGGAGACAGCUUUGUGCUGGACAUGGCAACAUCUGCAGUGGCAUUCGGGAAGGUGGAGCUCCACGACAGGAAUGGGAACACUAUCCCAGAGGGCUGGGGUUGUGACUCUCAGGGCAAACUGAGCACCGACCCCAGCAAGGUGCUGAGAGGAGGAGGACUGGUGCCCAUCGGGGGCUGUGAGAUCACAGGAGGAUACAAGGGCUUUGGGUUGGGACUGAUGGUGGAAGUGUUCUGUGGAAUGCUAGCAGGGUCUCAGUACAGCCGCUAUAUUCGGACAUGGAGGGUGACGGAUCGUGCUGCUAACCUGGGGCAGUGUUUCGUAGCCAUAAACCCAGAGAACUUCUCUCCAGGUUUUAAUGACAGGAUGUCAGAUCUGCUCUCUAUACACAGAGAUCUGGAGCCUACUGACCCUGAGAUGCCAGUUGUAGCCCCUGGAGACCCAGAGAGAAUUCAUAUGGAAAAAUGUCAUUCUCUUGGUGGAAUUCCCUACCAUCUUAGUGUCGUCAACCACAUGAAUGAUUUUGCCAAAAGCAUUGGGGUCACUACACUGCUCCCAGUUGACAAGGUGAUUCGUUAGUAGCUGAUGUCCUGGAGCAUCGCCUGCCCUCCUGCAUUCGGCACAGUGACGCUUCAAAAAGCCGGUGUGUUCCCUCAUCCAGGCCAAGCCAGAGCUGCACUGAAUUAUGCAUUUUGCAAGAAUGUCUUCAUCUUCAUCCUCAGGGUGACAGUUUUCAAAGCGAAAGAAUAUUUGCACAUGGAAAACUCUACGCAUGGGUGCAGUAUCAAAUGUGAAGUGCACUUUACAGAAUUUAUGGAGAACCUUACUGUGCAGUUUUAAUUAAGCUGAGUUGAGGUAAUGAUUUACACUGGAACUACAUGGUAUUUUAUGCCUUUUAAAUAAAAAAGAUGAUAAAAGAUGUAAUUGAAUUAAUACAUUUCAAUAUAAAAUUGUAUAAUGUAAUAAACUGUUACAUAACUGAUGCUCCAGCAGACGUGAGCGAGUGAGUACUGAUAGACAGCUACUGCAGUAGCACGUUCCAAGGACACUCAGUUUACUUCAGAUGUCAGGAGAAAAACAUAUCUGUGAAUAUUUUUGCAAUCUGUGUUGAAAUAUUGUUUUUAAGAUUUCCUUAAAUCCCAAGACUCAAGUUUCUUACAAAAGCAAAUAAGAAUAAUAUUCUAAAAAAU